CGCCCACCGAUAUAAACGUCUGCGCGGAGCCGGCCGCCAUUAGUGCCCGAGGAGCGCGAACCCACCACGCUCUUAUUUUCGUCCCCCCUGGUUUUGGGGACCUUCCGCCUUUCCUCCUCUCUCCUUCCCCUUCCCUUUUCCUCUCUCCUUUUCUAGGUCGCGGAGAUGCCGCGCGUCUAUAUCGGCCGCUUAAGCUACCAUGUGCGGGAAAAGGACCUCCAGCGCUUCUUCAGCGGCUAUGGCCGCUUGCUCGAAGUGGACUUAAAAAACGGGUAUGGGUUUGUGGAGUUCGAAGACUCUCGGGAUGCAGAGGAUGCCGUUUACGAGCUGAACGGCAAAGAUCUGUGUGGGGAGCGGGUGAUUGUGGAGCAUGCCCGUGGCCCCCGUCGGGAUAGGGACGGCUAUAGCUACAGCAGCCGCAGUGGAGGAUACAGCAGUCGAAGAACAUCAGGAAGAGAUAAAUAUGGGCCACCUGUUCGUACUGAAUUCAGAUUAAUUGUUGAAAACCUUUCCAGUCGCUGUAGUUGGCAGGAUUUGAAAGAUUUCAUGAGGCAAGCUGGUGAGGUCACUUACGCGGAUGCUCACAAAGAACGCACAAACGAAGGAGUCAUUGAGUUCCGGUCUUACUCUGACAUGAAGCGAGCUCUGGACAAAUUGGAUGGUACUGAAAUAAAUGGACGAAAGAUCAGGCUGGUCGAAGACAAACCACGGUCAAGCCACAGACGGUCUUAUUCUGGGAGUCGAUCAAGGUCACGUUCUAGACGACGAUCACGUAGCAGAAGUCGUAGGAGCAGCCGCAGUAGAUCUCGUAGUGCCUCCAAAAGCCGAUCACGCUCUAAAUCUAGGUCUCGGAGCAAAGAUCGUUCACGUUCAAGAUCUAAAAGUAGAAAGUCUAGAUCAAAGAGCAAGACUGAGGUGAAGUCUGACAGAGGUUCACAGUCCCGCAGCAGAUCCAAAGAGAAGUCUGAGAAGUCUCGCAGCAGAUCUAGGUCUGCGUCUCUAUCACCCAAAGAAAAUGGUAAAGGGGAAGCAAAAUCUAAAUUGAGGUCAAGAAGCAGAUCUCGUUCCAAUUCUCCAGAGCAGCACCAACCUGAGAAGGCCCAUUCAGAGUCUCCACCCAAAAGCGUCGCAUCAAGGUCACGGUCACGAUCUCAUUCAAAAUCUCGCUCACGCUCAAGAUCCAGCUCACAAGAUUAAGGCUGAAACUUCUAUUUUCAAAAUAAUGUUGGAACAUUUGUGUGCCAGGCCAGAAGUCUUUUUUUUUUAAUGUUAGAAUUGGGUAAAAGCUGGCUUGUUCUGUUGCAGAAGGAAACUGCCGAAAAACCAAGUAAAUAAGGCAAAGAUUUUAAGUCUAAAACUUCAUGAAAAGGUUGUACAGAAAUGGCAGAGACCAGAAAAAGAUCUUUUUUUUUGUAGGAAUUAGGCUACACCUUUGAUUUUUUUAAAGUAGUGUCCCAGCAGAAAUAAUUGUUGCAGGGUGGAAGGUAGGUUUUGUAAAAAAAAUAAAAUGACAGCAGGGAGAUUUUUUUUCAUAAUCACUUCCAUUAUUUAAAGAUUAUGGGCUGUGGCUUGUUUCUGAAAAUACGUGAAAGCCUUAUUGGUCAAAAAUGCUUCUAAAAGUCAUACAAUGUCAAGCCAGCAUUGAAUUUAAAUCGGGGAUGUUUCAUCUAUGUUGUACUAUAACUUGCCAAAAGUAACUUCUUUGCUCCUUUCUCACCAUCUUGAGGCAGUAUUGAUAAUCUAAUAAAAAUGAUCUUCUCUAA